AUGAUAACCAAACGGCCUAUAACCCCUACCGUCUCUAUCUCUGGCUUCCCCCUCCCCCUCCCCUACCGACUCUUUUUCCUCCUCGUCGAGCCUCUCGCAACCCUGGCUGGCGCCUACUAUGCCCACUUCGACCAGCAAACUUACCUCACCCUGAGCCAUGCGCCCUCCGCCCCUUUCACAAUCCCCCUCGGCAUGUCAAUCACCAUGUCCCAGCUCGGCAAUAUGUACUUUGCGUUCGCCAUGAUUGAAGCCCUCGUAUUGCGGUCGACAUCGGACCUUCGGGUGUGGAAGACGCUGCUGUUCUGUUUGCUGGUUGCGGAUGUUGGGCAUCUGCUUAGUAUAAGGGCGCUGGGAACGCAGAUUUACUGGAACGUGGCGGUAUGGAAUGCGAUUGAUUGGGGGAAUGUGCUGUUUGUGUAUGUCGGUCGCGCUGCUGUCGAAAUGCCCUACCCCGAAACCUUCACCGGCUUCCAAGUCCACGGCCCUGACACCUGGCUGGAAUUCCACAAGAACGAGUUCACGCCUAAGCCCUUCGGCGACUACGAUGUCGACAUCAAAAUCGAGUGUUGCGGCGUCUGCGCCAGCGACAUCCAUACCAUCAGUGGCGGCUGGGGGAAGCAGCAUUAUCCUCUUGCCGUUGGGCACGAAAUCGUCGGCACUGCAAUCCGCGUCGGUCCCAAAGUGACCCUCGUCAAAGUCGGCCAGCGCGUUGGCGUCGGCGCGCAAAGCUGGUCGUGUCUCGACUGUCGGCAGUGCAAGAAUGACAACGAAACCUAUUGCCGCAAGCAACUUGAUACCUAUGGUGCUGUGUGGCCAGAUACGGGGAUUGUAAGUCAGGGAGGGUACUCUUCUCACGUAAGGACGCAUGAGCACUGGGUCUUCCCCAUCCCGGACGCUCUCCCCUCCACCAUCGCCGCGCCGAUGCUCUGCGCCGGCCUCACCGCGUAUUCGCCCCUCGUCCGGAACGGUGCCAGCCCUGGUAAAAAAGUCGGCAUCGUCGGGCUCGGCGGCAUCGGGCAUCUCGCCGUGCUCUUCUCUAAAGCCCUCGGCGCCAAAACUUGGGUCAUCUCGCGCUCCCACGCCAAAGAAUCUGACGCAUUCGCCCUGGGUGCCGAUGGCUACCUGGCAACCUCCGACCCUAACUGGAACGAACCUCAUGUGAUGACUUUUGAUCUCAUCAUCAACACGGCGAAUAGCUUCGAAGGCUUCGACCUCGAUGCAUACCUGAGCUUGUUGGAUGUGCACGCGAAGUGGGUGAAUGUCGGCUUGCCGGAGGGGGAUGUGCGAGUGAAGAGUCAGACGUUUUUGAAGAAUGGGUGUUUCUUUGGGACAUCGCAUUUGGGGAGUCGGAGAGAGAUGUUGGAGAUGUUGGGGCUGGCAGCGGAGAAGGGGAUUCGGACGUGGGUCGAGGAGGUGAAGAUUGGGGAGGAGGGAUUGAGGAAGGCGUUGGGGAGGUUGCAUCGGGGAGAUGUGAGGUAUCGGUUUGUGUUGACGGGGUAUCAGGAGGUUUUUGGGAGGGAGUGA